AUGACUUUUCCAAAUAGGAAUGCAACAGCUCUAAAAAACAAAGCGUUGGAGGAGGAGAAGAAAGACCUUCGUAACAAAUAUAAUAGUCGUGCUCCAAUGCAAUAUUCACCAGACGAUAAUGUUCAAAUUCGUUCUGAAAUCAAAAUGCUUAAUGAAUUAUAUAACAACUCAAUGAACAUUGAAAUAGUGCCAAGACAACACGUAAGAAUUAUCAACAAAAACGAUGACAAAAAAGAAAUGACUGUUCUUGUCAUUCGCCCCGAUCGAUAUAAAAACCUUAGUGUCUCGUUGUACGUUCACGACGAGAUGGAACCAAUACCUUAUAUGACCUGGAAAGUCCCUGAUGGAGAAAGGAUGGUCUGUUGCAAAAUUCCCAAAUUAAAUGGGUUCUUUGAUUUGAGACUGAUGGCCGACAAAACACUCAUUGCCGAGGAAAAAAAUGUUGUCUUCGGUGAGGUGAAAUCGACUCAGUGGAUCGAGGUGGACCGCGCACACACUGAUGAGGAAGACAAAACAAAAAUACGAGAAGGGGUUUUGUUGAGUUUUAAAGAGAGAGCACAACAAGGCGACAAAGUCUGCUUUUACAUGAAGAACGCGACAUUGAAUACACAAGCAAUCAAAAGUGUUGUGCUUGUCAAAGACACGACGAUGAGAUUUGUCGACCUCAAUGCAAAAGGAGAGCUCUGCUUGAAGUACUUCAGAGUUGAAAGUGUGAGUGGGAAAACACCAUAUUUGCACAUCCAAAAUUUUCUAAUUGGAAAAGAAGACUCGCCAUCAAUUUCAAAAGUCUGUCCAGUUAGAGAGGAGGUGGGUGGAUUGGAAGUCCCUCCAUCUGAUAAGUAA